UCUUCGUGAUCUGUCCGGUGUUCCAGAAGCGACGGUUGCUGGUGUAUUGGACGUUCAUAUAUAUGUGUACUAGUGGCAAAGAUGGAGAGGGACACCACAAUUAGGAGAAUAAAAUCCUUAUACGGGACGCAAAACAAUGUAUCGGAAAAUAAGAAUGYCUCUCAGGAUCAACGUGGAAUCAACGGCUGCAGUGAAGUAAAAAAGAAGCCUGAAGUGAGCUUGUACCUGCUACACGAAGGCGUCGGAGUGGCACUGGUGACUGUAUUUAUUCUGGUGCUGUGGGGAGUUGUUCAUUUAUCAUUACAGCAGCUAGUCAUUGGAAAAUCUACUGGCGAGUUCAAUGCUAUCAGGGCAAGGAAGCACCUGGAGCGUAUCACCAGCGUCGGUCCCCGUCCCACGGGCAGCCCGGAGAAUGAGGUCUUAACGGUUAACUUCCUGCUAGAGCAGAUUGAGCACAUCAAGGCCGACAGCGCCUCAGGACCCCACUCUGUCACUGUGGACGUCCAGCGACCCACAGGCUCCUUCAGCAUUGACUUCCUGGGAGGGUUCACCUCCUACUACGACCGGGUCAGCAACAUCGCUGUCCGCCUGGAGCCCAAGGCUGGGGCUCAGCACCUCAUGCUGGCCAACUGCCACUUUGACUCUGUGGCCAACAGUCCAGGUGCAAGUGACGAUGCAGUGAGCUGUGCGGUGAUGUGGGUGCUCCACUCCCUGGCCAACCUCUCCACACCUCUACGACACGGGGUGGUGUUCCUCUUCAAUGGAGCUGAGGAGAAUGUGCUGCAGGCGAGUCAUGGCUUCAUCACUCAGCAUCCCUGGGCCAAGCAGGUCCGGGCCUUCAUCAACCUGGAGGCAGCAGGCGUGGGCGGCAAAGAGGUGGUGUUUCAGAUCCAUGCUGCCAAACAUCCCUUUGCCUCGGUGGUGGGACAGGAAGUCUUCCAGAGCGGUGUGAUCCCAUCUGACACGGACUUCCGCAUCUACAGGGACUUUGGAAACAUUCCAGGAAUUGAUUUGGCCUUCAUUGAGAACGGUUUCCUCUACCACACCAAGUACGACACAUCCGACAGAAUACUGACUGACUCCAUCCAGAGGGCAGGUGACAACAUCCUGGCGGUACUGAAGCACCUGGCGAUGUCUGAGGAGCUGGCGGACUCGUCGGAGUAUCGUCAUGGCAACAUGGUGUUCUUCGACCUGCUUGGCAUUGUGGUGGUGGCGUACCCGGCCCGCGUUGGUACCAUCAUCAACUACAUGACUGCCAUGGCAACCUUCCUCUACCUAUUUAAGAAGUGCUCCCAUCCCAGUAAUGUGGGAGGUCGUUACAUAAAGGAGCUGGCCUAUGCCACGGCGGUGGUCAUCCUCAGCUGGUUGGUCACUCUGCUGACAGUGCUCAUCAUAGCCUUGGUUGUGUCGCUGACAGGACGAUCCAUGUUCUGGUACAACGACUUCUAUACAUGCAUCUUUAUGUAUGGUUCUGCUGCCACUGGGACGAUGGUCCUGAUCCACACACUGGCCAAGAACCUCUACUACGGGGGUGUGCGCCGUCUGGAGCUGGGGGAGCUCUACUUUGACGUGAGCCUGCUGCUGUGGUGCGGUGCCCUGGUCUACCUCACAGCUAACYGCCUCUGCUCUGCCUACGUCCCCAUGCUGAUGGUGGCCUUCCCUCUGACCACCAAGCUGCUCCUCGCCAGGGAGUUUAAACUCAGAGGUGCAUCGCUGAAGUACUCUGUUCUCUACCAGCUGGGUCUGACUCUGCCCUAUGUCCACUUCAUGUUCCUGAUCUGGGUGGUGUUUGAGAUCUUCACGCCCAUCCUGGGGCGCAGCGGCACAGAGAUCCCCCCUGACGUGGUCCUGGCCACCCUCGUCACCCUCACCACACUCUUCCUCUCCUCCUUCUUUCACACCACUCGUACCUUCCAUGGUCUGGAUGGCCAGGUGAAGAGCAAAGACUCAGGUCUGUGGAUCAACAGCUUUGACUACACUGGCAUGCAGCACAUCACGCCUAUCAUACCAGAGAUCAACGACACCAUCAGGACCAGCUGUCAGGAGGACAGGCCUUUCUGUGGCUACCCCUGGUUCCUACCUGUCAAGUUCCUUGUCAAGAAGAACUGGUACCUCCCAGCCCCUGAAGUCUUUCCCAAGUCUCCCAUCGAGUUUCAGGUUCUUUCUAAAGAACAGACAAAAUGGGGCACAGUGAAGAUCACAUUUGAAGUCACAGGUGAGAUUAUGUCCAGCCACAUGUCCCUCUACCUGAGACCCACCAAGGGGCCUCUCUUCCAGCUGGUCUUGGGGACGUGUCCCCAGUACCACCUGGCUGGAGAGUACUAUUUCUACUCCCACGGCCUGGAUGCCCCCGCCUGGAACUUCUGGUUCGAAAUACAGCCUCCCAGAGAAGAGGACCCAUCAGGCCCAGAGGGAAUGAUCUCAGUAGCCAUCUCAUCUCAUUACUUCUUUGGAGAGGACCAGAGGACUGUUCAGCUAGAGGACAUGCUGCAGAGGUUCCCUAAAUGGGCCUUCCCCUCUUCCUGGGUCUCCACCUAUCACAUGUACCGAUACUGACACCUAGGCCUAUCAGAUGUAAACAUACUGGGAGGCACCUACCACAUUUACCCAUAUUUGAAAUACUGGGCCCGUUGUUGGGCCUGCUUCCAUACACAGGCCCAUUCGAGAGACCCCACCAUCACUGUGUCAAUAGGUCAGUAGCUAACAGGAGGGACACUAAAGCCAAGCCAGAAGCGACAUUAUUUAUAAACAGUAACAGUAGGACUAGGGCACGGUCCUUAUAAACAGAAACACUAGGGCACAGUCAACCAGUGUUCAGUAGAGUUCCUUUAUUGUGGGAAUGAGGGUAAAUAGGUAGUUUCUUUUUUUUUUUACACUCUUUCUUCUCGCUCUCUCUCUGACAAACUGUUUUGCAUGCAUGGCCUUGCAUGUUCCACCUCCCUCCAUCUCUGUCAACAAGCACGAGGUCUUCAGCGUCACUCACUAUUUCAGUUAAAAGGUUAGUGUUGUUUCCUUACAAAAUUAACCGUUUCAUGUUUUUACAUUUUAAAUAAGAAACAAKAAAAAAACUAAGGAAGUCGAAAUUCAUGAAAACUUCAGUCGUUAAGAUGUCAAGGCCAGUACAGUAGUCUGAAGGUGAACAGGAUUUAAUUGUUGCAGUAAAGUGGAAAGCCUUUUGUAUGAUUUACUUACGGUGAGCUCGCUAAUGUGCAAGGAUAUUUUGACUUGUUUUAACGACUGAUGUCAAAAAUAGAAAUGCAAUUAACUCAUCACUGAAUUAAUAAAUAAUUUAGCUGAGUGUUGCAAACGUAUUUUCUGUCCAUCAAGAAACACACUGAUUUAGAUAGUUUGAUUAUCUUCAACUCAGUCAUAAACUAAUGGUGCUUUUUACAUUAUUCUCAACUAKAGUGCUCUAACCUCUAAACAACUGCGGCGCUUUUUACAAAACAUUUAUUAAUGCAACACAUAGGGAYGCCAUUCCACCAACUCAUGUUGUCCUACUGGUGUCCCUCAUCAAUGGUACUUCCUGUUAACAGUUGAACAGUAAAAUGGGGUUUAAAUAAAUCCUACUUCACAUGGUGUGUUUUUGCCCAUCAUGUGCAAGGUGUAUAUCAAUAUUUUACAGUGGGAUAUUGUUUUAUUAUAAACUCAGAUUAUAAUACUAGUGGCUGAUGUCACAAAACAGACUGACAACACCCUUUCUGGUGUUCUAAUAAGUAUAUUGCGAUGGUUGAAGCCUGCGGUGAGAGUGGGUCAGACUGUUGCACAUAGUGAAUGAGAACGCAAAGCACUGAACUUGUAUUUUAUCAGUGGGGAACCCUCCUUUUCUACUCUCCAUGUUUUCUGUCUUUCUAGUUUUGUUGCUAUAGAACCAGGGUUGGGGGUCAAUUUCAGAAAGUAAACCAAAUUCAAAAAAAAAUAUUAAUUUAAAGACAUUGAAGAUAAUUGGAAUUUCAGUAUAGUUCCUGAAUUGACCCCCAACCCGGUUUAGAACAUCAUGGUGUUUGACUGCAGGACAGCAGCUCCUGCUAACACUGAGGUAGCGCAGGGUCUGUGUUCAUAAAGAGUCCGAAUAAGAGUGCUGCUAUAGGAUCAGUUUAGCCUUUUAGGUCAUAACAAAUACAAUUAWAUGGAUAGAGGGGGACCUGAUCCUAGAUCAGCACUCCUACUUUAUGAAUAAAGCCAAGCUGUUUUCUCUGUACRUGCAUGGUAAAGUCUUACGUGAGCUGUCUUCAUGGUAGGGCUGCACAAUUAAUAGYAGUCGCAAUAUUUUGAAACAGCACUCAAAACGGUUGUUACACACGGCUAAUAGUUUACUGUCGUCUCUCCCACUCUCCUCUUGCAGCUGCUUUCCCCACCCCGUUACUCAAGCAGCACUAUAUUUUAUUUGAUUACAACAGUUCACCCAAGUGUUUAUAUCGCAAUUCCGUUUUUUCCCCCAUAUUGUGCAGCCCUACUUCAUGGUUCUCAGCAAUGGCUCGAUGUGUUACCUCUAUGAAGUAGGUAUCUGGGGUUUUGUGAAGACUGACCGGUACUUGAUUUGAUAAGGAUUGUUACUAGUUAACUGGGGUGUUGAUCUGGGCAGUCUCUUGGACUACACUGCUGUGGCUAGUAGCAGUUUGUGUUGAAUAGUCGCCUUGUUUUGAAUCCAGCGAUGCGUCCUCUCUCUCUGAGCAGGUGAAAAGGAUGGAACCAAGCUAAUGUGCGUUCUAGGUUCUAGAAUGCCACAUGGUUGUAGGCUAGAGGGAUCUGUUGGCGUCAUGCUUCUUAAAUAUAUAACGGGUUCUUGCCACAUGCACUUACCUGUAAAACAAUAUGGUCUUAGCAGGAUUGUACAGCAACAUUUUGUAAUGUGGGUUUAAAAAAACAAUUUGUCAUAUCCAUCGCUGUGGUGAAAAACACAUCCCAGUAUACUCUUAAAUAUGCAAGAUGAACACAAAGUGAUGUUUUCUUGAGUGGAAAAGAGAAGGAAACUAACGAGCACACGUCUAAAGACCUUUAGCUAGUGGCAUCGUUUAGUGAGGUUGUCCAUGCCUGAACUUGCACGCUAUUGGCUGCUUUUGACUAGAGCCGUAUAAAAGUAGUGCACUAUACAGGGAAUAGGGUGCCAUUUUGGUCACCUUAAUCAAAGAGGUAUAUCAACAGCUCAGACCUGAUGGAUGGAACAACAAAAAAUAUGCAGGUGUAAUUUAAACGUUUAAUAAAAUUAAUUAAUUUCUAUAAUCAAGUCUGGUGGGUUCUGUAAUUUAAGUAAAGAAAUAUCCCCUUAGGGCCUGAUUCUGUAAUUACACAACGAUUGGUGACUAAUGUUUAGGUUCACUACCCCAAACCUUCCCAUUGAAUUUAAUUAAUGACUCAAGCAUACUGUACACUGCCUUCUUAAAAAUAAGUUAAAUGUUUUGUAUGGAUUGCUCAUGCUCUGUUGAAAUUGUAAAAUGUGAAGUGAUUUUUGGUUUAUGGUAAUGACAUUUGUCAGUACCGUCACACUUUUCUUAUGCAGUCAUUUAUCAUAACAUUUGAUUUUACAAAAAAAAGUAAUGCAGGGAAUUAAUCCGAUCGCACGUUGUCYACAAUGUUCACUCGUUCGUGGUGACCACAUUCACGGUAAACGCUGUUGCUUCAAUAAUACAUUUCCAUUKAAAUGGUGCAUUGCUGCCAAAACGCGAUCGGAUUGAAUCAUGGCAUAAAUCCCCACUCAGUUCAAGCAAACUAUAAUAAACAUUGUUCAAAGUAAUUUGCGAAGGGUUACUUAUCAUAUCCCAUAAAACAUUGUUACUGUAACGAUGACAUUUCCCGAGCGUUGUCCUUUGUAAAUACCAAUAUUAAGGUGAAACAUUUCAUUGAAACCGUURAUGGGUCUCAAAUUUCAAUUUUGUAGAAUGAUUGUGAGAAAGGAUCUUUUCUUUAAUAUGCCUGAAUAAAGGAAACAGUACUUCAGUUGGAAAAAUGGGAACUGAAAUGCAUCGUCGUUGGGACAUGUURGAUGCAACUCACCUACAGUAUCUAUGCCUAUUUUAACUGCAGUGUACUCUUGGGUCACUGAAUAAAGUGCAGUUUUGUAUAAGAUGUUAAUUAUUUAAAAGCAAUCAUACUUUUGUAAUUUUUUAUUUUAUUAAUUUGUCAACUGGGAGGGUUACGCCUAACCUUUUAAAAUCAGUAAUGUAAUCCCAGAUGGGAUUAACAUGGUUGAUUUGGGGAAUUGUGAUUACAAAAAUAAACUUGAAAUUAACACUUGUGUCCAGUGACUUACCACCAUGUACAGCAAUAAAGUGCUUAAUACAUGUUG